UUACUCUUCAUCCCUCGACGCCCCCCUCUCAUCUCGUCACCUCUGUUCGUCCCUCCUUCACCAUGGCUCCCAUGGAAAAAGGCUUCUCUUGGUCCAAUAUUGCUGUCGGGGCUACGAUGAACAUGUUCGAGGUAACGACGCUGGGACAGCCUUUAGAAGUACUGAAAACCCAAAUGGCUGCCAACAGAACGCAGUCCAUGGCUACUGCGUUCAGAACGGUCUGGUCCCGAGGGGGCGUCUUGGGUUUUUACCAGGGACUGAUACCAUGGGCUUGGAUAGAGGCCUCGACCAAAGGUGCCGUGCUCAUCUUUACUUCAUCUGAAGUGGAAAAGUAUGCCAUACAGUCGUUUGGCAUGUCCACAGCGGGCGCAGGGAUGGUGGGAGGCAUCACGGGAGGUGUUGCUCAGGCAUAUGCGACCAUGGGCUUUUGCACCUGCAUGAAAACUGUCGAAAUCACACGACACAAGCAGAUGGAAGUUGGUGCCCCUGUCGAAUCUACCUUCAAGGUGUUCGCCGACAUAUACAAACGGGAGGGCAUUGCGGGUAUCAAUAAGGGUGUCAACGCCGUGGCCGUGAGACAAGCGACCAACUGGGGAUCAAGAUUUGGAUUUGCGCGACUGGCUGAGAACUUGCUGCGCAACGCAAAAGGUAUCAAGGAGGGGGAGAAGCUUGCGGCGAUGGACAAAAUCUUGGCGAGUACGAUUGGAGGCGCUCUAGCCACAUGGAAUCAGCCGAUUGAGGUCGUACGGGUAGAGAUGCAAUCUGCAAUCAAAUCCAAUGAUCCCACGAGACCUGCGAAGAAGACCGUAUUGAAUACACUCUCGUAUAUUUACAAAAACAACGGUAUCAAGGGCUUAUACCGAGGUGUCUCCCCUCGUAUCGGCCUCGGAGCUUGGCAGACCAUCUGCAUGGUUAGUUUUGCGGACUACGUCAAGGCUGCUAUCAGUACUGCCAAAUAGGCGAUGCUUCUUUUCACCUAGGGCUGCUGAUAGAGUGUACAUCAGUCAUGGAUUUACGUUUGAGCAUAGAACAUAAUGGGAUCAGAAUUCAAUCUCGCAUGCAUCUGGUGGUUCAUGGUUG